UGAAAGGCAAAGGAAGGACGAGAAGGGAGUGUGCCAUUCACUUUGUGCGCACGCACCUGUACUCCCAGGGAUUUUGUCUUCGGUGACAAUCGAGUUGACGUCUGAGUGAUUUUACCCCCGCACGCCUCUUUACAAGUCAGCUCCCAGACGCCGGUUGUUGUCGUUAUCCCGGUCGGUGAGGCAGUGAUGUCGUGGGACUGCGGUCUGAGGUACAUGUUCUCCGCGCCCCCUUCUCUGCAGCCGGGCAGCAUGUGCAUCGUGCAUGAUAAGGAGGAAGUGUCCAGAUUAGAGAUGGUCCAGAGACUGGCCAAGGAUGGUUGCCGCUUCCUGCAGAAUCACAGCAAGGGCCUGCAAAGGACAAAUGAGCCUGUACAGAGUGACGAAGCAGUGCGCGUGCAGGAGCAGGGCCGCUGCGUUCUGGUCCUCCGGAGGAUGGCGUCACAGCCAGCAAGGGGAGGAGGGAAGCGGGAGGAAGAAGAGGAGGAGGAGGAGGCGGCGAGGAACAGGAGGUACACGGUGGUGUCAGGGACCCCAGAGAAAAUCCUGGAUCACCUGCUGAAUGACCUGAAGCUGGAGGAGGACCAGGUGGCCACAGAGGGCAAAGACACAGACACACUUUUGGAUGACUUUCUGUUGACCUACCCAGUGUUCAUGUCAACUAGCGAUUUAUGCCAAGCUCUUCUGGGACAUUACUGCUGCAAGCGCUGCCGAGUGAAAGAGGACGCAAAGGAGGCUCUGGAGAGGAAACAGAAAGUGGCAUACCUGGUGUCACAGUGGAUGCUUCUCUGCAAGGACUUUCUGAGAGAGGACGAGCAUGUCAAAGUGUUCAUGAAGACUUUGUACCACUAUAUGCUGGACGACCUUUACGAGCACCCCGCCUUGCAGAGGGAUUUGAAGGAGCUGCAGAAGCUCUACCAGCUGCAUCGGAGGCACACGGUGGAGGAAUAUUCCCCUCAAAGAAAGAGCAAAGCACUUUUCCACCAAUUAAGCCUGAAAGAGAACGGGGUCCUGUCCAGGGCCACGCACAGACAGACCAAGGAAGAAUACUCCAUGUUUGCAGUACCAUGCCACGUGUACAUCACGAUGGAUUCCUACCUGAGCAUGAGGGCCCAUCCUGGAGCUGUGGCACAGGAUUUGCUACAAGCCGUGGCUGAGAGGAUGGGUGUCUCCCAGGGUGAACUGGUGCUGGUGGCCGUCACUUAUCCUGGAGGCAGACUCCUACUGCAGCCUCACGACACACUUUUCUCCCCCUCCCUGCAGCCGGUGGGAAGACUGCAUGUUUGCCGAAAGGACCUGGGUGAAGUUCUGAACCCGUUUACAGAAAACUCAAAACUGCAACAGAGGACCGCCCACAUGCUUAGCUUAAACACAUGGAAUGUUGCUGUAGCUUUCAGCAACCUUGACUGGAGCAUCUUUGAUUCCAUUCACGAGCAAGAGCUGAUCUACUUCACCUUCAGGCGUCAUUCUAAUGGAAACCACACAGCGGCAUUGGAGUUGCUACUUCAGCGCUUCAAUGAGAUCCAAUUGUGGGUGAUGACUGAAGUGUUAGUGUGCACGGCGCUCUGCCAAAGAGUCCAGCUUAUCAAGAAGUUCAUCAAGAUAGCUGCCCACUGCAAAGCACAGAGGAACCUCCACUGUUUCUUUGCCAUUGUAAUGGGCCUGAAUACUGCUGCUGUCAGCCGUCUCAGUCAGACGUGGGAGAAAAUUCCUGGGAAAUUCAAAAGGUUGUUUUCUGAGCUGGAGAGUAUCACAGAUCCCUCGCUGAACCACAAAGCCUACAGGGACACCUUCAAGAAGAUGAAGGCGCCAAAGAUCCCCUUUCUUCCUCUGCUCCUUAAAGAUAUCACAUUCAUCCACGAGGGCAACAGGACAUUUCAUGAUAAUCUCGUGAACUUUGAAAAGCUGCACAUGAUAGCAGACACGGUCCGCCUCAUCAGACAAUGUCAGAAGGAUCAUUUGGCAAAUGAUAUGAGCCCAAAGACCAGUGCAGACGUGCGCGCUUACAUGGACAACCUUCAUAUCAUCGACAAUCAGCAGACCCUCUUUGAACUGUCACACAGGCUGGAGCCUCGGACUUGAAAGGGAAGACAUGUUAGUUACUGUAGCCUUCUAAUCAACUCAGGACCAUGUCAGCAAUCCGAGGGCAUGCAACUCAACGGCCACCAGAGGGAGCUAGUCAAUCAGGAAAUUGUAAUCUGACACAGGAAAAAAGACAAAUGGAAGCAUUGUUUUUGUUACCGCGUCUUUUUGUAAAGGUUCAUCACAGUCCCAUCCAUACAGACAUAACAUAUAGCAUUUUUUUUAUCAGCAUUACAUCCAAAUUGCUGCCGUAGUGGUACAUAGAGGGCCAGUCUAAACUGUUGCUAUUACUAAUAUGUCCAUCAGGUGGCAGCAUUUGGAAAAUGGAGCUGAUAGUUUAUGUUUCGCAAACUGUUCAGCAAUUUUUACUGAGUCAAGACACAUUUAACAUCAUAGCUGUCACGGCACAAAACAAAAAAAUGUCACAAAUAUCAUACAUACUGAAGUAAUGAUGUCUCAAUUCUAACCACAAUUAUUUACUCAUUGUAAAAUCUUAAUAGAAAGUUAUUAACAUCCUGUUACGGACCUGGAAAAAAUAGAUACACAGGGUAAUUGCAACUUUUUCCAUCUAUUGGAAAAGCAUUUAACUGCCCUGCCUGGCACUAUAUGUUACUGACACAGAUGAACAAUGAUGCAGGAUUAUUUGACUUAAAAAAAAAAAAAAAAAAAAAAGGAACCAAU